AUGGCGGUCAUGAAAGGGUUUCUUGUUUUCAUACUAGUCUUCCUACCAGCUUGUUUCAACAAGCCGUUCAACACUAGCAGAACCCUCGACCCUGAAAAAGCAAACGAGAUAAAGAAGGAAAAACUUUUUCUGGAAGAUCACUUAAAAGGCGUGAAACUUGAACGAGAUGGCCAUGUUAACAAAGAUUACCAUCACGAAGCUUUCCUCGGGAAAAUGGUAGAGAAUGGCACUUUGUUGUUCGACAAUAUGGAUGGUUACAGGCGGCUUAUCGACCUCUUCCAUCAAGUGGACAAGGACGGGGAUCAUUUGAUUAGCAGGCCUGAAAUGAUAGAGUGGAUUCACGGGAAAAUCAAAGAGCACGUUCAAGAAGCUCGCGAAAACAAUAGGCGAAAGUUUAAGGAAGCGGACAAAAACGGCGACAGCGUCGUUACAUGGAAUGAAUUUCAAGAGAAGCUUAAAGAACUUAAUGCCACUCGGAAGAUCGAGGUUGAAAAAGAAUUAGGUGAGUCAUAGCAGAAAAAAGAUUCGAUCUUCAAAAAUCAUGGAUAUGAAAUAUAGAAGGCAAUCGAAAUUGGUGAAAUGCACGGUAUUUAUAUCUAUGUACAAUCUACAGCUUUACAGCUGUUAAGCUAAACACACAAUUGCUCAUACAAUGUUUAAAAAGGCUACUGAUGCAACACUUCCAGAAAAAAAGCUAACCAGUCAUAAAGAAAAAAAAAAAAUACCCCCAUUCCCCUCCCUACCCCUGUAUCUUUGUCACAACAGUGUCUUCCAAAAAAGAUAAAUAAAUUAAAAAAAAAGAAAAGGAAAAAAAAGUAAUGUUAAUGAAGGGGGAAAAGGCUAAGAUUUACAGAAGUAAACAAAAAUUGAUUUAUAUUUUAUGAAAAUAUUUUUCUCAAGUUGACUUCAGACCCUAAGAAAUUUACAUUAGCUCUUUACAAUAUACAUUGUACACCCUUACAUUAGCAUUUAUAUUCUCCAUGCUGUUCUCUAUACAUUCCCUAUAACAUUAACACAAAUAAUUUGUUUAACACUUCAUAGCAUCCUAAAAUGGUGAUAAUUUCCUUAAUUCUCAUGACCCUUGUUGGAUUCAAAAGUGAUAUUAUAUGGAGAAAUUGGAUGCUGUAUUUUCUCUUAGGAGUGAGAGGGUUUAUAACUUGCUACAUGACUGUGAAACAGAGGUUAUCAAAUUGUUAAAUUACGCUGCUAACUAAAGACGGCAAAAUUUUUUCCAGGUACUGCAAGGACAAAGAUUUCCAGUGUACCUAACCUAUAUUUUACCACAACUGGCAGUACUAUUGCAAUCUGAUUGGCCAAUUUGCCAAUUUGCAAAUUUUGAUAAGAGUACAGACAACGCUGUUCAUAUGUGUUGUGCAAUGGUCAUUCACCGAAAGAAUCAUUUUAUUUGAUGUAGAUUUUGUGGUAGUUUGUUGAAGACUCACUUGCUGUCCACAACAUUUUGACCACUGUGAUAGUGAAUAUCAUUGUCAAUAAGAGUACAGACCCUGUCAAACCAUUGUCUAUUUGUAAAUUCUCUUCUGUUUGAUCUACACAUAUUAGAUGAUGUUGGUGAACCCCAGGACCCAAUAGUUGAGUACCAUGACAAAUUCAGAAGAGGGGACUUGAACAUGGAUGACAAGCUGGAUGAAACAGAGUUCCUUUACUUUGAGCACCCUGAACACAAUCCACAGAGUAUAAAAGAUUUGGUAGAAGACAUGAUACAAAAUUUUGACAAAAACCAAGACAAGGUAUCAUUUAAUUUUAUUUAUUUCCUUUUUUUAAUUUCCCUUUUCUUUCAACGAGCCUCUCUCAAUGAAUGCAUUAUGCCAGUAUCAUUUACACAUAAUAUUGUGGUUUUGGCAGUUCAUUCUUAAAUUUAAGAACAAGAAAAAGCAAAUAACUGUAAUGAUUGUAUUAAUUACGAGUUUUAUAUUGUUAAACUUUAGGUAUUUGUUCCAAAAUUUAAAAGCGAAAAAAACCCACUUAUUGGCAAGUCUUACCUUGCAUAAUAUUGAAUUUAUGGAAAUCAAUUUUAAUGAUGAAGAAUAAUUGAGCAAAUGAAUAUAAAAACAAAAUAUGGCAGGGGUGAAAUUCAUUGUUGAGGAUCUUGUUGGAGAGAAAAAUCUAAUUCUUGUGAGUGGUUUAACAUGAAAUGUUUUUUGCAUUUGGCUGUUCAACCAAUUGCCACAAUUUAGCAGGAGUUAGCAGGAAACUGGGCCAUGCAUUGGGUCAUAAUAUUCAGCUGUAAUAAUUGCAGGAUCAACAACAAAAAGGGAUUCUCUCAUUCUUAUCUAGGUAUAAAGUAAUUCAUCUAUUGGUAUGAUUCAGCCAUAACUGAAAUUAAAGUAUGAUACAUUUUUGUCACAAAGUAGUUGCUUUUACUCAGAGUUCUCUAACAGGACAAAGCAUAUCAAGUUGAAUCUUGCAUUUCUUGCAUGUGUUUCGUCCAGGUCCUGACCAAAGAGGAAUUUGCACAACUGCCACCAGGAGAGGUGGAUACACAGCAAGAUGCUGACCUUGAUGAGGACUACCGUAAGGAGUAAGUACAACACUACUUUUUGUAUCUUAUGGUUCUUUAAAGCAUGUGGUGCAGGUGUCUAACUAAGAUGAGUUUGUGUUAUAAGCUUGCCCUAUCUAGCCAGCCAUGUUUGAUUUAGAGUUAGAGUGGACAUUGAGGGGAGGGGACAGAAAGACAAAAUUACCCUCCCCCUCCCCUUUCUUUCCCAUUAACAGUUGCUCACCCUCUUGGUACUCAUUUCUUUCUCUCCCCAGUCUUCUCCUGCUGUGAAAAGCAAAGAUAUCAGCUGUAAUUUUCACCUAGAAAUCACUGAACCAAAAAUUACCCCUUCAUUUCCCAAGAUGUGUCCUGGAUCUCUGAAUAGGCAUGGGACUCUUUUAAUAUCUCAGUGCCUUUUUUUCACUCGGGUGGGGUGUAAUUUAUUGCAUGUACCAUGGGUGGUACUCUUGGUGGGUGAAACUCACCUCAGAGUACUACCAGUCAAACUGGUUUUUAUGUUAGGCAAACUUUGAAAUGAUCCAGCAAUUAACCAUUUGACCUGAAAGACAGUCAGAAUUAUUAGCAUCUAAUUUCUCCUUACAAUAUCACCCCUGAAUCAAACGUCAAGGUCUCGAGAAUAAAGGAAAUGAUCACCAACUAAAGAAACUCUUGAUCAUUGAACUAAUUCUCCUUAUCAGCACCUCAGGAGCUGUAUAGAGAACAGUAUUGGGAAUAUGGAUACUGAUUUUAGAGUGUAGAGGGUUGAAUCAGCGCAUGUACCUAGGGUUGAGUAAGACCAGCCAGACCCUGUUUUACUUCAUGUUGGAUAAACGUUGAAAUGAUUCCGCAAUUUAGUAAUACUAGGCUUGCGAGAGCAUGCUUUGGCUACAAAAUAUCUAGCGCCUCUUUAGUAUUCGUUUCUUAACCUUAUCUUUCAUUUGUCCGUUUACUUCAGACGCGAAGAUGAAUUCGUUGCUAUGGAUGAAGAUGGAGACGGUGUAGUUACCGUAGAUGAACUGACCAAAUACCUGGAUCCCACUCACAAACAGCGGGCCAUCAACGAAGGCAAUUAUUUGGUGUCAAUGGCAGACAGAAAUCGCGACGAUCAGCUAUCAGAGAAGGAAAUACUUAUGAAUUACCAACUUUUCACUGGGAGUACAAUGGCUAAUUACGCUGGCUAUUUACACGAUGAGUUUUAAGAGUAUUCCUUUUGAUUCUUUGCCUGAUUUAACCUGGCGUAAGAAGCGAAAGAACUGGGGGAGAAAAGACAUGCAUUCUCAGUUGAAUGUUAAAAAGAGAACAAGACAAAACAGACUUACAUUUUUUAACUUUUAUAGAUCUAUUUAGUAUAUUAGGGAUAGAAAUUAUUUCAUCAGAUAAAGUAUAUUUGUGGUGUCGUUGGAAAUUUGCCCGAUGACCGCGUCGACAGAGUUUUACAAUCGGAAUUCUUUAUUCGUUUGCUUUUUUUUUUCUUUUUUUCUCUUCUUCUCUCUGUUUAUUGUCAUAAGAAGUUUGUAGGCAUUACCAAGUUUGAAGAAGAAAGCCAAGGGGGAAUAAUUCAGGUAGUUUUAGUCAACCGGUGUCAUGGAAGGGAUGACCUGUUAAGACUGGUUUUCGCUAACGUCGGAGUCGUUACAGCACUUUUCGAUAGAGUUUCGUCACACCAAAAGCAAAGCAAUCGCAGUCAAAGCCAAGAAAAUGUCACCAAGAACCAAUUAGAACUCGAAGUAAAAACAAGCAAACUGUGUGAAGCGCGGGAAAACGCCAAUGACCAAGUCGCGUUUGUUUUUAAUUUUGAAGCUUAUUGGUCGAAAGGAUGGCGCGGGCGCUACGGACCAAUCACAGAGCAAAGAGAAGGAAAACUUAAACAACCACGGAUUACUUUCGACAUUCAAUAUUGAAAAUUAGAGAAAUACGGGAUUCGGGGUGCGUGAUUUAGCAAACGGGAUGCGUGAUUUGGGAUUCAGGAUGACAGAAGUAGUCAGAAUUUCUCUUCCAAAUCGUCGCUAUUGAAAACCAGCCUUUGACGUCGAGGAGCUGACCAAUAAUUAACUUUGGAAAACUUUAAAACGUGUCAUUUUACGUGGAACGUGUGAUACACUGUAGCUGUAGCUGUCGAACGUCCUAUGCAGGAUUCGUGUUUGUUCCUUUAUUAAUUCCAAUUUUUUAAUCACUCAACCCUUGACCUCCAUACAUCAAUUUCCAUACCGUUCUCCAUCUUUCCUGUAAUACUUACAAGGGGAAUUUGUUUUACAAUCAAGGGCUUAUUGUAUUCGCAAUCGUUUCCUUCAUUCUCCUGACCUUCGUGUUUGAUUCAGGGGCGAUUCUGUUGGGAGAAGUUAGAUGGUUAUCACUCUUAGGGGUUAAAGGUUUAAGACAAGAGAUAAAAAAGGUCGUUUAAUACUGGCGAAAGGUGUGGGGAGUGAUUUCGUUAAUCAGUUUCUCACUGGGUGUUGAGCCUGUGGUGUUUGGUGAAACAGGAAGACGCCUGAGCCGCCAUACCAUAGGAGGGGAAGAUAAAGGCCUCAGUACUCGGUUAAGGUAAAAGAUUGAAAAAAUUGUGGGCAUAGUUAGCUAACACAUGACACAGUAAUGUUAACUUCAAGAAAGUUGACAAAUUUAUAGAGCUAAUAAACAUAGAUAUUUUUUUUAUUCCUUUGCCUUGAGGGUUUUUUACUAAAAUGACAAUUGAUAGGGUCAGCUCAUUCAUUUUAAUUCCAAUGUCUGAGCAGAGAAUGAAGUGGGUGAUAGAAGAAAAAGCAUACAGAUUUGAUUUUUGUUUAAGUUCUUGCCUGUUGAAUACGGGGAAGAAAUAAUUUGAAAGAGUCUGUCUGAAGGCACACCAGCAAUUAAACUCACCCCUUAAAAAGAUUUUAAUUUCCAAGGUCAAAUUAAACUCCAAAAGCAUUUGCAAAAUCUAGUACUCUCAAAUAUGUCAGUGGUAUAGGCUUAUUAAUUGUGAGUUGACAUAAGGUUAGCCAUAUAUAUUUGUCCUUGGAUCUGGAAGAUAACCCUUUAACUCUCACGAGUGACCAAGAAAGAAUUUCUCCUUAAAAUAUCAAUACAAAUAUCAACCAGACAAGUGAUGAGAAUAAAGAAAACUAUCAAUUUUUUACCUCCACUUCCCUCCAUUCCUUACCUCAGAUUUGUGUCAUGUCUUCAGUUUACCCCAAUGAGCAGGGAAGGGGAAGCAAGAGAUGGAAGUUGAAAGAGUCUUGUAAAGGAGAGAGAUUGAUUGACACAGCGUUUAGGAGGCACAACAGUUUAACCCUAACAUCAGUGUUCAUAUUCUCUAUACUACAUUCUAUACAAUUCUUAAGGUGUUAACAGGGAGAAUUUGUUUAUCAAUCAAGAGAAUACUUAGUUGGUGCUCAUUUCCCUUGUUCUCACAACCUUACUGUGUGAUGCAGGGGUUAUACUGUUGGGAGAACUUAGAUCCUAAAGGGUUUAGCAAAAGCACUCACAGUGAAGGAUAAUAUGAGCUACAACUGGAAAACCGGAUUGCCAUGCCCCACGCAGGUUAUACAGAUCAGUGACCUAUGAAUAGAUAUCGAU